AUGGGAGACGCCAUGCAGCCGCUGGCAGCGCUGCCGCCGCGGCCGAGGUUGGGGCAGCUGCUCGACUUCCUCGGCCGCCACCAGGACGGCCUCAUCCCCGUUGUAGUGCCGCCGUCCUCGUCACCACGCAAGGAGGAUGACGGCAGCAGCAGUCUAGGCGGCAGCCUCAGCAACGGCCGAUCAGGAGCAGCAGUCAAGCCGGCGCAGACCCAGGAGCGGGGUGGAGUGGCCAGGGAAUACAAGGGGUUUGCAGCGUCAGGAGCGGCAGGAUUGCAGGACGAGGAGGAGUCCGGGGAGGUGCUGGUGACGGCGGAGGGCGGCGCCGAGCUGCUGGGGGUGGUGUACCGCUGGCAGCUGCUGUCGUGCCUGCAGCACCCCGCGCUGCUGCGUCUCUUGCUGACGCCGCCGGCAGGUGGCAAGGGUAGCCCAGGAGGCAGCGUGGCCGACGGCAGCGGCGGAAGAGGCAACGCACCAGACGGCAUGGUGGCAGCAGAAGACGAUGUCAGCAGCGGAGCCGGCAGAGGCAGUGGCACCGACUCCGCCGCUGCCGUCGCGCUCGAGGUUGCGCCCGCGUCGGCGCUCGAGACGCUCGGGCACGCGACGCGGGCCGCGCUGCUCAGUCUGCUGGCGCAGGGGCCGCCCAACCUGACGCGGGAGUCUGCAGAGGCGCAGGAGCGCGCGGUUCUUGACCGCUUCCUGGGCGCUGCACUGCAGCCAGUAGCACGCAGUGGCAGCCCCAUUGAACAGGCACACGGGGUGCAGGAGCAAGGGUUUGACCGAGAGGAGGGCCUGGUGCGCAGGGGUUGGCAUGAGCGCCUUGUGCGAGGGCGCCGCGGGGCGAGGGCGGUGCAAGAGAACGGCCAGCCUGAUUGCAGCCGAGCAGCGCAGCAGCAGCAGCAGCAGCAGCAGCAGCAGCAGCAGCAGCAGCAGCAGCAGCAGCAGCAGCAGGAUGAGGAGAAUAUGCAGCAGCAACAACAGCAGCAUGAGGAGGCAGAGCAACAGCAGCAGGGGCAGCAGCAAAAGCGGGAGAAAGAGCAGAAGCAGCUGCAAGAACAACAGGAUCACAAGGAGGAGGAGAAGAAGGAGGAUCAGCAGCAUCCUUUGCAACCUGCAAGAUCGGCCUCGCCAGCGGCGGCCGCCACCGCUGCCUCCGCUGCAGCGCAAGCCGCUGAGGUGGUGGAGUCUGCACGGGCCCUGCUGGCGCAGCGGCUAGACCUGUCACUGCUAUUCCAGGAUUGCCCCUUCGAGCUGCCGCCCUCGGCGCCGCUGGAGCACGCUCACGAGCUUAUGCGGAGCAUAGGCGUGCACGGAGUGCUCGUUACGCAGCGGCGGGGGACGCGGCUGGCAGGCGUGGUGACACGGCGGGAGCUGCUGAUGUGCAGCGAGGGCAAGAAGGACGGGUGUGACUAA